AACAACAACAACAAGAAAAAGAGAUUUCACGGGGAUCAAAUCGAUUCCAUUGCGCGUGUAACCGCAAUGCGAAAUUGGGAGAACCCGGUUAUGCUUGCGUGUAACACGGCUUCGAAGAAAAAUCUACCUUCUUGCAUUUUCCUCAUCAUCUUUACCACCGUGUUAUGUCCGGUAGCAAUGUCACAGGUGCUUGUGCCAGGUUCAGAUGCAGAUUGUCUCUUGAGAUUCAAAGAUACCUUAGCAAAUGGCUCAGACUUCAGUAGUUGGGAUCCAUCAACAUCACCAUGUCAAGGAAAUACAGCGAACUGGUUUGGUGUUCUUUGUAGUAAUUUCGUUUGGGGGAUACAACUAGAAGGAAUGGGCUUGACUGGGAAAUUAAACCUUGACCCAUUGGUUCCUAUGAAGAAUCUACGAACCAUAAGCUUCAUGAACAAUAAUUUCAAUGGUCCAAUGCCUCAAGUUAAGAGGUUUAGUGCACUGAAAUCUUUGUACUUGUCUAAUAACCGAUUUUCGGGGGAGAUACCCGCAGACGAAUUUCAAGGUAUGCCGCAUUUGAAGAAGAUUUUGUUGGCAAAUAACGCGUUCCGAGGAACAAUUCCUUCUUCUCUAGCCACUUUGCCUAUGCUUUUAGAGGUGAGGCUAAAUGGUAACCAGUUUCAAGGGCAAAUACCAAAAUUUCAACAGAGGGAUCUUAAGUUAGCUAGCUUUGAAAACAAUGACCUUGAUGGACCGAUACCCCCAAGCCUUCGAAACAUGGAUCCAGGCUCUUUUGCAGGUAACAAAGAUUUGUGUGAUGCUCCCUUAAGUCCAUGUUCCCUUAACUCUCCGAAAAUUCCUGAUGUUCCGGUAUCUCCUGGUGAUCCAAAUUCUCUUACUCCACCUCCCAUGGAGAAAAAGACCGGAUCCUUUUAUACUUUAGCAAUCAUUUUGAUUGUUAUCGGCAUAAUACUAGUGAUCAUCGCACUUGUGUUCUGUUUCGUUCAAACAAGAAGACGUCAUCUCUUGUCAGCUUAUCCUUCUGCAGGCAAGGAAAGGAUAGAGAGCUACAAUUAUCAUCACCACACUGCAAGCAAGAACAAUAAACCUGCGGAAUCUGUUGUGAAUCACACAAGGAGAAGAAGAUCGAAUCCUGAUUCAGGAGGCAGACUCCUAUUUGUGCGGGAAGACAUUCAAAGAUUUGGUCUACAAGAUCUUCUCAGAGCUUCAGCUGAAGUUCUUGGUAGCGGAACGUUUGGUGCUUCAUACAAAGCAGCAAUAUCUAGUGGACAAACAUUAGUUGUGAAGAGGUAUAAACAUAUGAACAAUGUUGGAAGAGAAGAAUUUCAUGAGCAUAUGAGACGUUUAGGGAGAUUAAACCACCCCAAUCUAUUGCCUCUCGUCGCUUACUAUUACCGUAGAGAAGAGAAGCUUCUAGUCACUCAAUUCAUGCCUAAUAGUAGCUUGGCAAGCCAUCUUCAUGCGAAUCAUUCCGCUGGAUUGGAUUGGAUAACGCGUUUAAAGAUCAUAAAAGGAGUAGCAAAGGGUUUAUCUUACUUGUUCGAGGAGUUACCUACACUAACGAUUCCUCACGGUCAUAUAAAGUCGUCGAACAUUGUUUUAGACGAAUCAUUCGAGCCAUUGUUAACAGACUACGCUCUAAGACCGGUGAUGAGCUCAGAGCACGCACAUAACUUCAUGACAGCAUACAAAUCGCCAGAGUAUAGACCCGCGAAAGGACAAGUGAUAACGAAGAAGACAGAUGUUUGGUGUUUCGGUGUGUUGAUAUUGGAGAUUUUGACAGGGAGAUUCCCUGAGAAUUACUUAACGCAAGGUUAUGAUCCGAACAUGAGCCUUGUGACAUGGGUGAACGAUAUGGUUAAGGAGAAGAAAACAGGUGACGUGUUCGACAAGGAAAUGAAAGGGAAGAAGAAUUGUAAAGCGGAAAUGAUAAAUUUGUUGAAGGUAGGGUUGAGAUGUUGCGAAGAGGAAGAAGAGAGGAGAAUGGAGAUGAGAGAAGCUGUGGAGAUGAUUGAGAUGUUGGGAGAAGAAGAUUCUGAUGAUGAUUUUGGUUCGAUGGAUCAUCAUCGCGGGACUCAUAAUUUGUAUUCUUCAAUGUUGUUAGACGAUGAUGACUUUGGUUUCUCGAUGAAUCGAUGACUUCUUUUAGGAUAAAAAGUUGAAAAAGAAAGAAGAAGAUGAUGUUCCGGAUCGGAGGACGUAGCUUCACCGGAGGGAAGAAUGAGAGGACCAUAUAUGCUACUUGAGGGGCUUUCUCCUAAUUUGUAUGGUUAACACAGAUAUGAAAAUGUAUGAGCAAUAUAAUGGACUAAACACAUGUAUAUUAUGUCUCUGUGUUACUGUAAUU